UCUUGUAGCACCACCCGGAAGCUCAAUAGCUAUGACAGAAACAAAAACCCCCGCCAAGCUUGACGACGGAGCUGCGCCGCUCGAAGAUAGUCCCCAUCAGGAUGUUCCUACGGAAAAAGCUGAUAGCGACCCCAAAGCCACCGAGUUGAACUGGGGUUGGCGUUUCUGGACCAUUAUUGCCAGCCUUUGCAUUACCUCGCUGCUCACGGCGAUCGAAUCCACAGUGACCUCAACGGCGUUGCCUACUAUCGCCAAUACUCUGAAUUCUCGCGAAUCUUAUGUGUGGUUCGUGAAUGCUAUAUUUCUGUCGAGCGCCGUAGUGCAACCUCUCUUUGGACAGCUCGCGGAUGUCUUUGGUCGCCGAUGGCCCUGUAUCUUUACCGUGGCCAUGUUUGCCCUUGGAAGCGGAAUUUCCGGAGGAUCCAACUCAGUCGCGAUGCUUAUAGCCGGGCGCACACUGCAGGGUGUGGGUCUCGGCGGCGUCAAUGUCCUCCUCGAAAUAAUCGUCUGCGACCUAGUACCCAUGCGGAAACGAGGCGCAAUCCUGGGAAUAAUUUUUGCCGUUUUCUCCGCAGGCUCUUCGAUCGGACCGCUCAUCAGUGGUGUCAUCGUCGAUCGGGCCAGCUGGCGAUGGACAUUUUACAUUGGGGUACCUGUGGCAGGAGCUGCACUCGUGCUCCUGAUCUUGUUUCUACAUGUCGAGUAUGAAAAGGAGACAACUAUACCUCAAAAGCUAAAACGACUCGACUACACAGGCAACACUCUUCUCGUGUUGGCAAUGGUGUCGCUUCUUAUUGCGCUGACAUAUGGAGGAACACUGCAUCCGUGGUCAUCCUGGCGUACCAUUGUCCCGCUGGUCUUGGGCUUUCUGGGGAUGCUCGGAUUUCACAUAUACGAAGCUUCUGGAUAUCAAAGCGAGCCUGUCAUGCCACCACGACUGUUCGCGAAUCGCACCUCCCUUAUUUCGUUUGUAUUAGUCUUCUUGCAUGGCAUGAUCUUGUAUUGGGUCAUCUACUUUUUGCCCGUGUAUUUUCAGGGUGUCCUGCUGGGUAGUCCGACACGAUCAGGCGUACAGCUUCUUCCGACCCUCAUUGUGUUGGUUCCGUUUGCAAUCAUCGCUGGGGCUCAUGACUGCAACAGGUCGGUAUAA